GAUGACGCCCUUUGUCAGACUCGCACUAUUAAGAUGGCGCUGCGGCCGGGAGCUGGGGGAGGUGGCAGCUUUAUGUACCCAGUUGGAGGAGGCCUGGGGCCUCCGCAAGGCAUGAUGCCCAUGCAGCCACAGCAGCAGCAAGGAUUCCCCAUGGUACCAGUCAUGCAACCCAACAUGCAGGGGAUAAUGGGAAUGAAUUUUGGUGCCCAGAUGCCUCCAGGUGCAAUGCCGAUGCAGGGAGGGAUGCCCAUGGCGAUGCAGGGGCCAGCAAUGCCAUUUAUGGGACAGCCUCAGUUCAUGGGCAUUCGUCCACCGGGGCCCCAGUAUGCCGUUGACAUGCAGAAGCAGAUGGCUGAGGAGCAUCAGAAGCGACUAGAGCAGCAACAGCGCAUGCUGGAGGAGGACCGCAAAAGGAGGCAAUUUGAGGAACAGAAACAGAAAUUGCGUCUCUUGAGCAGUGUCAAGCCUAAGACUGGAGAAAAGAGUAGGGAUGAUGCACUGGAGGCCAUCAAAGGAAAUCUGGAUGGCUUUAGCAGGGAUGCAAAGAUGCACCCCACACCCUCCUCGCACCCCAAGAAACCAGACUCAUCGCCAUCCCACCCUUCUGUCACCCCCUCUCACUCCCUCCCCCCCACUCUCCCAGAGGAGGAGGAUGAGUUCAGUGACUUUGUGCAGGGCCCUGUUGAAGCCCCCCCUUCAUCAUUCCCACUCCCAUCUUCUCUGCCCACCACUCAGCCCUCAUCACCCUCCCUCUGCCUCCCCCAGCCUCUUCCUCAGUCUGUGCCAAUCCCUUCGGUCGUCUGCCACUCUACUGUUACCUCCAGCUCCCAAUCUGCAUUCAAAGGCCCCUCUCUGGAAGAGAAGCUCUUCUCCUCCUGUGAUCUUACUGCCGAAAAGCAGGCACAGCUUAGUUUUCAGUCCUGCCUGCCCCUGGCUAAGUUGGUCCCCCGGGAUCAGGUGGUGGCCCAGUUUCAGCCCAGCGCCAGGGCUCGGAACUGGGCCUCCACUCCGGAGGACUUGAGCGACGCUUUCACUACAGGACCACUGGCCACCCCGGGCUCCCCACCAGGGGCUGAAAGCAGUGGUGUCGGUGUCUUCCCACCACAGGAGCACAUGCAGCCCAUGAUGCCUACCUGGCUGUACAAUGACAGCCUUGUGCCAGAGUUGUACAAGAAGGUUCUGGAAUUCACCAUGACUCCAGCGGGUAUCGACACAGCCAAGCUGUACCCCAUUCUCAUGUCAUCGGGAUUGCCUCGGGAAGCACUGGGGCAGAUCUGGGCCUCAGCCAACCGCACCACACCAGGCAAGCUGACCAAAGAGGAGCUCUACACUGUGCUGGCCAUGAUUGGAGCAACGCAGAGUGGACUUCCUGCAAUGAGCCUCGACAUCCUGAGCCAGUUUCCCUCCCCACCUGUGCCCAGCCUGCCUGCCAUGGCUAUGGCUGUGGCCACUGUCCUGCCUCAGCACCCAGCACCCAUGAUGGCUCAGCCACCUGUCUCCAUUGCUGUCCCCACAGCAGUGCCUGCUGCAAUGGGUGUGUCCCCGGGCACCAGUGCACAACCGCCUGCAGGCUUUGUCGCCAACUUUCCACCUGUACAGGGUACUAAACCUGAUGAUGAUGAUUUCCAGGACUUCCAGGAGGCACCCAAAGCAGGCACAGCAGAGGAAGCUUUCACUGACUUCCAGGGAGAGUCAGGGUCCACUUUUCCCCCGGCCACCCAGAACAGUGGUCCUACCCUGCUUACACCAGUGUCUGGGUCAUCCACAUCGUCAUCCUCUGACAAGUAUGCUGUGUUUAAGCAGCUGUCUGUGGAGCAGCCUGCCGAAGUAGCUCCUCCUGCAUCAGACUUUGGAGAUAAAUACAGCGUGUUCAGGCAGCUUGAGCAGCCGGUGGAUCGGAAGCCAGUUGGUGAAGGAUUUGCUGAUUUCAAGUGUACCAGUGCUGAUGAUGGAUUCACAGACUUUAAAACCGCAGACAGCAUUUCCCCACUAGACCCCCCUGACCAGACCAAGGUUUUCCAGCCACCGUUUCCCCCUGCUUUUGCCAAAUCUCAGUCUAUACAACCACAGCUCCCAGUCUCCCUCUCACAGCCCAGGAACCCCCUCAAUAUGGCUGAUCUGGAUCUGUUCUCCUCCUUGACUCCUUCUGCCCCCCCAGUGGAUGCCAAGCUCUCCUCGUUUCCACUGGUGACCCCAUCUGUUGGAGCAAAGCCACCUGGGGGUGCGGCAGAGGAUUUUGGUGACUUUGCACUCUUUGGCUCUUCUUCCUCAUCAACAGCAGUGGCUCCCAGUUCAGGGGUCCAGGAUGACUUUGCAGAUUUCAUGGCAUUUGGGGGUUCGGGGGAGCCCAAGAAUGAGGCCAGGUCAGGUGAGGGCAGUAGUGGCGGGCUGGUGGAGGAGCCACUGUUGCGGCAGCAGCAACAGCAUACAUCUGACAAGUAUGAUGUAUUCAAGCAGCUUUCAUUGGAAGGUGGCCUGGGCUAUGACGAUGCCAAGGAGAGUGGUGGUGGCUCUUUCUCCUCACUUAGGAGUGACACUGAUGACUUUGCGGACUUUCAGUCCUCUAAGUUCUGCACAGCACUCGGUGCCUCUGAGAAAAGCCUGGUGGACAAGGUUGCUGCCUUCAGGCAGGCCAAGGAAGACUCAUCUUCUGUGAAGUCACUGGACCUCCCAUCCAUCGGGGGCAGCAGUGCAGGCAAGGAAGACUCCGAGGAUGCACUUUCCGUGCAGCUGGACAUGAAGCUUUCGGACGUGGGUGGGGACCUGAAGCAUGUGAUGUCGGACAGCUCCCUGGACUUGCCGGGGCUGUCCUCCCACCAGCCUCCUGCUGCAGAGACAGACGACUCGAGAUUUGACCCAUUCGGUACCCUUGCAGUUGGAAGCUCAACCAGCUAUGAUUGGCCACACAAGGAAGAUUCCUCAGUCAUUCAGGGCAAGAAGGCGCUGCCAGGUUCCCUGGGCCCGGACAGCUGUUCCCUGCCAUCCUCUGUCGUCGUGCACCGGAAGGAGACCUCUUUUGGGAGCUCAGAAAACAUCACCCACACUACCCUUGCCAAGGUUACCACUUUCCCAACUGAGGCUUUUACUGACUUUGGGUCCCGGGAGCAAGGGCCCGCUGAUGAGGAGGACGACUUUGGGGACUUUGCCAGUACUGUCUCGGAGAAAUCGGAUUCCCCUGCUGCCUCGGCGGAACUGGGCUCGGAUGGUGCCCAGAGCGAGCCAGCUGAUGAGUUUGGUGCCUUCCAGGGGGACAAACCUAAAUUUGGAAAGUCUGACUUCCUCAAGGCCAGCUCCCAGGCCAAGGUCAAGUCUAGUGAAGAGAUGAUCCAGAGUGAGCUGGCCACUUUUGACCUUUCUGUGCAAGGCUCACAUAAACGCAGCCACAGCUUAGGGGAGAAGGAGAUAGGCCGUUCCAGCCUGCCUCCAGCCCCUGAACCACCUUUUCGGGACCGCUCCAGCACACUGAGCGAGAAGCCUGCACUGCCCAUCAUCCGGGACAAGUACAAAGACCUGACUGGGGAGGUGGAGGAGAGCGAGCGCUACGCAUAUGAGUGGCAGAGGUGCCUGGAGAGUGCAUUGCAGGUGAUCAGCAAAGCAAAUGAUACCUUGAAUGGUAUCAGCAGCUCAGCUGUGUGCACAGAGGUGAUCCAGUCUGCCCAGGGCAUGGAGUACUUGCUGGGUGUGGUGGAGGUGUACCGAGUGACAAGGCGGGUAGAGCUGGGCAUCAAGGCAACAGCAGUGUGCUCAGAGAAGCUUCAGCAGCUGUUGAAGGACAUCAGCCGUGUAUGGAACAACCUGAUGGGCUUCAUGUCUCUAUCCAACCUGACAGUGUGUAUCCCUCUGCAGCCAGACGAGAGUUCGCUGGACUUCUCCUCCUGCAUCCUGAGGCACGGCAUCCGGAAUGCCAAGGAACUUGCGUGCGGUGUAUGCCUGCUGAAUGUAGAAUCGCGCAGCAAGAAAACAGAAGAAAAGACAUUUGGACGUCUCUUUAAAAGAGCACUGACCAAAGACAGUGACAAGAAGUUGAGGGCCUUCAACUCAGAGACGGAUAACUUCAAGCUGCUCUACGGGGGCCACCAGUACCAUGCUAGCUGUGCUAACUUCUGGAUCAACUGCGUGGAACCCAAACCGCCAGGUCUCAUCCUGCCUGACCUGCUGUGAGCUGUAUCCCCACCACCACCACCCUCCCACACGCUGCCAUAGCAACAAACACACGGCUGUCAACACUGGAGAGGUUCUAACCCUGCACAUGGAGGCUGGGCUUGGCCUGUAAGCAAAUGCCAGGACUGUGGCAUCCACUCUGAAUAGCUACUGAAGGAAGAGAAUGUGUUUAAAAGAGCCCCCCGAUUUACUUCCCACACCCUUGGUUUCUUGAACUAAUGCCGUGUAUAGGAGUAAUUCCACUGAUGUGUUUUUGUAAAAGGUCUUACAGAAGCUGCUCUGUGUAUUGUGGUAUAAUAUUAUACUGUCUAAAUGGUGUAAUUGUACCUUUUCCUCCAUCUUUAAACAUGUCAAGAUGAACUGGUCAAACCUUUUAAGGAGUAUUUAUUUGUGUUAGCUGGUGGGAAAAGGGUUUUAUUUUCGUGUUGUUAUUCAGCUCGUGUGCAGAGGCGCAAAUGAGUUCAGAUAAUUUUGUAGGUACACAAACAGCAGGGGGACUAGGAGGGCGCACCGCUUUGUGUGCUCAGUAAAACAUUGUGUCUCGGUUCUCUUUUUAAGGGAAGGUGAAAAAUUUUAGUGCUGUGGUAUCACACUGCUGCAGUGUAACCUAUUGGGUAUUUGGGUGUUGAACACACUAGCAUAUGGCUGUAAGAGAUUUUAAUUAAUUUUUAAAUACGGUUGUUGAACAGAGCUUCGGUUCUGUUUUUCAAGGCAGUGACAUUUGCUCAUUUGAAUGCAGUGUUGAAUUUGAAUGUCUUGAAAUAUUUUGGUAUAGAUUCUUUGUGAUAACCAUGUCUGCUGUGUUGUUGAGAUGGUAUCCAUGGAAUUCGAUAGGCACUCAUCUUUUUUGACAGAUUUUGGCAAGGACUUGUACAUAUUCGUGUUCGCUAUUUGAUUAGCAUCAGCUGUGAAUAGGACCCGCAAUUUCUGCAGCACUUUGAAUGUGGAUUAGCUAAGCAUUGUAAAUGGUUAUUAAUAAAAGUAAUGUGGAGUGAUGAUAUACAUAUAAUCAAUAAA